AUGAAGAAUUGGCUGAGCAAACCACGACACGUUCUUUCCCUUAUGUGAAGGAUUUCGAAACGUUUUGUUGUUUUCUUGUCAACAUUUCCCGCUGAACAACAGCACAGGUCAUCUGUCCGCUCUCAUAUUUGGCAUAUUAAAACGUUUAGUUGUAUUUUAGCACUCGUUGAGAGCUUUGUUUUAGCCAGCCGUACGGAAUCUAUACUUUAAAGUGCUUUGUCUUUUAUUGUCGCGAGUUCAACUCUGCUCUGGCAGCAGGCACGGUUCUUUACUCGACGGCUUAAAUUUGUUCAGCCGCCUGCUUAUUAUCAGUCGUCGGGGUUACUCAAGUUUGGUAGACGCGUGCAUGACCUCACUGACGAAGUGUUGUUUAUCAAGGUGUUUGUAUUGUCGAUUAAAAGUAUUCCAUUACGUCAUAGCGAGGCUGUCAACCUGCACGCCUACUCCACUGAGGCCGCUGCUAUCCGUUUCAAUUGAUAGGAUACAAUUGCGGCAGCACAACGCUUUAACCAUGCCUCCUCCAGAGACGAUGUUCUGUUCCCAGCAAAUCCACAUCCCCACGGGACUGCCAGAAGUCCUCAAGAACUUCACUAAAGCGGCCAUCCGAACUCAGCCCAAAGACCUGCUGAUGUGGUCUGCAGCCUAUUUUGAAGCACUGGCUAAAGGAGAGACUCUGCCGGUCAAGGAGAGGCUAGAGAUGAAUUUUGGCAACCAGAGUAAAGAUGCUAUGCUGACUCCAGGUCUGCUAAAGACUCUCCACAAACAGCUGUCCUCAGCGGAAACAUGCGACCGAGAGGAAUUGCAGGACAAAUGGAAGGCUUUGUGUCUGCCCACGGAACAGCUUGAGAACAUGUUGAUACUGGGCAACUUCGGCAUCGACAUCAGCUGCAUGGAGUUUUUUGCUCUGGGCUGCAGUGCUCUGGGAGAUUCUCUCAAGACCUCCCUCAAGGUUGCCUGUGAGAUCCUGACAGAGGAUGAGGAGGGGGGUGCCGCAAGGAUCCCCUUUGAGAUGUUUUCGUUGCUGUGCACCUACCUGGCCGACCUGGACUCGGAAAUGGGCCACAUCGGCAGCUUCCUCGCGAGCUUGGAGCCACAAGUAAAACUACAGCACGGAAUGAUCAAACCUCUUGACUUCAUCCAUCGGGAGGAUAUGAAGCCGCCCUGUGACUCAUCGGACUAAAGGUUGAGCAAAACCGUGUCAUGACUUUUGAGUGUGUUUUACGGAAACGCCUCCCACUAUAAAAUGAACGUUGUCUCGUUAAAGAAAAAAUAAUAAUUGAAUUGUGGAACUGGGUGAAGAACAAGAGGGAACCACUACUUCUCCCUUCUCAUCCACCUGUAACCCCUCUAAUCUUUUAAUGGACCGACGAUGUCAUCAUCCUGGCAUAUUGGAAGAUGCUUAAUGAAUCGCUGCCACAACAACUCAUUUAUUCAACAGUUAAUGGCUUAUUUCCAUGAAUUCAAUAACUAUUGAGCUGGUGACAUGGGCGUUAUCAUUCACUCUCAUGUUGACACAGAGGUUUGUGUGUUUGCACAUGUGCAGUCAUGUGUCUAUUACUCAUCCAGCUUUAGGAAGAUGCUUACAAUAAAUGAAGCUAUUUAGAUCGGCUGUACUCGGGAAUUGCUUUGACGCACACUAACAAACGCCACUAUAAAAUAAUAAAAACAUAAUCAAGGGUCAUUGUUGGCUGAUUAAAAUUGGUUUAUCGCUGUCUGGCUUACUGCCAGUGGACUAAUAAAUUUGUCCUUUUUCAGCUACCAGCUAAACUGAAUAAAAUCUUGUCCUUGCUUCUCACUAGGCUUUGCUGUUAAGUGUCUUCAGCGUAAAUACUAGGAAGAGCUCAUAAAUCUUGAAAUAAUCAGCACCGUAUUGCCUUCGCUAGAAAAGAGAAAAACGCUAACAAUAGAAUCGCCGAAGACGCAAGCAAGUCCGUUAACACAUUGAUUUCAUCAUUUGUGCGUGCGUCUGUCUGAGCAGGGGGACUUAUCGAAGAGAGUUUUGUGAGGCCUCGGGUAUGCAGCAGAAGAGACCCCGGGGUGGGCUGUUUUUGGCUGGGGGGGAGCAAGGUCAUCUUUCAAUGUCAUGCUCCUCCUCUCAGCGUCACUUCUGCUGAGGAAAAGUGAUGACGGUUUCACGUCUCAGUUCAUUAGCAAAUGUUACUACUGCGCGUUUAAAAACAACUGUGACAUUUUGUUUAUGGGCAUUCGUGCUGAGAGAAGGUUAUUAGGCACAUUUCAUUGAAUCCAAGAACCCUUCGUUACAUCGGCACAGUUGCGGAAGCGCCAAUACAAAGAAAAUGUCACUGUCGUCGAUGAUCAAAAUGCAUCCCACCAAAUUUGUUCCAACUAAAAAGGAAUUGUAGCCACACACCGAGUUUUAAAAAUUCAUUUUGGGCCCAUAUGAAGUUUGUUAGAAAUGAAGGACAAACGGUGCAACUUCCUUUGUCAAUCACAAUUUCCAGUUUUAAAUCGAAUUUUUCCAUACAGAAUGAUGUAAAGUGAAUUUACUUGUUUCAGGCUUAAACUGUUAGCAUCGCAAGAGUUUUAUUUACAAGUGAUUUGGAAGCAAAUUUGUAACAUUCCUGACCGUCGUGCAAGUGUGAAGUAACUUUGCUCGUCCUAAGCCAUUUUGCUUUUAGGAACGUGCUCUUAGAAUUAUUCAAUUGAAGUUUGAUCUGUUGUAUUGCUCUUAUUGUACCCAGCAGCCAGAACAUUUCCUGUGUCACAAUUUAAUCUCUUUCUGGUUUUGCGGUUAUCAUACCACUUUUGCUCUUUGCUGUCACUGCUAUGCAUCACAAGAAAAACAAAUGGAAGAAGAGGCUGAAUGUCUGCGCAGUGACGGUUUGAAUUGUGUUUCCCUUUCAAAGCAUAUCUUUCCCCCAACAUUUUAAUUCCAUUCUCCUUCCACUUCGGAUAUUUACAAGCAUUGUUAUAAACGCAUAAAAUGUGAACACUGUCCGUAUAAAACUAUGACGUGUCCACAUAAAAAUCUGAAGCACAACUUUAGAUUAUGAAUAAAUUAUCUAGGAUGCAUGACAGUUUCAGUCAUUCCAUUUGUGCAGGUGAAGAAACUACGCAAAGAGUCUAACAAGAUAGUAAUUAUGUGUGUCCACAAGUGAUGAUACAUUGUUUACACAAAUAGAACUGCUUGUGUGUUUGACUCUUGUCCUGAAAGAGCUUGUUGUUAGCCCCUAUAAUUAAACUACAACUUCCCAUUUGUGGUUUGUUCGUAAAUGGUCCGGAAAGUACAGUUCUGCAAGACAGCCAUCGCAUUUACAGCCCUCGGUGGCCCUCUGAAUCAUCCACCAAAGGACUUUGCUUUGCUUUGAUUGUACAUGAGAAAAAAAAUUGUUGUAUGUAAAAUUGACGGUGUGGCUAAAGUUCUGUUAAUUGCUACUUGUGCAUUGCAGCAUGUGUAUAAAAACUUGUUUUCUUCCCUGUACACUCCCCCCCCCCCCCCCCAAUUUACCAGGCAGUGUUUUAAUGUCACUUUGUAAAUAGGAAUGUGGCAAUAUUUUGAAGUUUUGUAUUUUUUUCAUUUUUUUGUAAUAUUGUAACGUUGAAAUUCAUGAGUCACUUUUCAUAAAAACCUCAAGCAUUUGGAAAUAAAAA